AUGUUGUCACAUACCCAUCAACAAGAACAAUACGAUAAUCCUUUUGCGCGCCAAAGUGAUGACUUUGGGUUUUAUGAACAAGAUAGAAGUAUUGAACCUGAUGUUGAUUUGACGGGUCAAUCUUCUACAAAACCAUCUUCAUUAGUUAACCCCUUUGCUAACCUAAGUGGUUCUAUUGGUUCCAGUGUUCAACCACCCCCACAACAACAACAGCAAGCAACAACAGAAUACUACACAGGAGAAGAUACGCUAGAUGAACCUGUUUCUGUGACAAUUCUUCGUGAUGUUAAACAAGUAGGUAGAAAACUGCAACAAGUAUUACACCCAAAAGGCGACCGUAGUGUACUAAAAGAUUGGGAUUUAUGGGGUCCUUUGAUCCUUUGUUUGGCCUUGGCCAUUACAUUGAGUACAAGUGUUCCUUCAGAUCAGUCUGUGCCUAUUUUCACUGGUGUGUUUGUGAUUGUUUGGUUAGGUGCUGCUGUGGUCACCAUGAAUGCCAAGUUACUUGGUGGAUCUGUUUCAUUCUUUCAGUCUGUUUGUGUGAUUGGAUAUUGUAUUUUCCCUUUAGUGGUAGUAGCCAUCAUUGGUAUCUUUAUUGAAGCUGUUUGGUUUCGUGUGCCUAGUUCUUUGAUUGCAUUUGCAUGGUCUACUUAUGCUUCUGUAGGAUUCUUAUCAGAAUCAAAGGCGCAUUUAGCCAAUCGACGUGCAUUGGCUGUAUACCCAUUAUUCUUGUUUUAUCUGAUCAUUGCCUGGUUAGUGGCUGUUUCUUGA